GGUUACUCUGGUCGUAAGCGUCAAAUGAAGCUACAAUGAGAAAACCAAUCUUCCCAAAAACUGACACAAGCCUCAUGUCCACUGCCUAACAACAUUCACAACUUGUCACUCUGAUACACGCCAUUCCUGCCUCACUCUUCACUUCAAGCAAGUUUGUCGCCCUUACAUCCUUUUCACUGCCAGGCGACAAAAAAAAUCCUUGUCCUGCCAAGGAGGUUCAGUCUGUCUCAUCCAUACUUAAUCCUUGACUCGGAAUUGUUUUCGUGUUGACCACCUUUCAUAGUCCUUUCUUCCCAUCUCUAGUCAACCCUUUCGCCGUCGAGAUAAUCUCCUCAUCAUCUGCGCGUGACAGCAUCAAUCAAGAUGGCGGUAUCUUCAACUCAAGGCUUUCCCAAGUUUGGUGACGGGGAUGUCCUUCUGAUUGUCUCGACGACUCAGUACUACAAACUCCAUUCACAAGUCCUUUCGACGCACUCCCAAUGGUUUGCAGACCAGAUUGCGGCAAGACCGCCUCCUCGACUCAACGCACAAGCUCGUCGGGAGAAUGCAGCUUCUUAUCGAUUUGAAUUGCAAAACAUUCCAGGAGAAGAAGGACCAGGACGGUUCAUUCGCAUUGACGUCAACGAAUCCGGCCGGUCGGCCCGGUCUUCCCUCCCUCUGGUGCCCAACUUUGAAAAUGGCAAGGUGGAAAGCAUGACCAACCAGUCGUGGGACUGGCUCUUUGGGGUGUUUUACAACCGGGAACCGCGCUUCGACGACGGGUCGUUGGCGUCGGUGCUCACGUGCGUCAUGGCGCUGAUCGAGGUGGCGGAGUCUGUCAGCGCGAUCGACCACGUGCGCGACAUCGUCGACCUCGCCCUGAUGCGCCAGGACCAGGUCCUGUGGACGUCGAUCAUGGGCAACCCGGUGGUGUGGAUCGAGCUGGGCCGGCGCGUGCGGUCCCCUUCCAUCUACCGCGAGGCCGCCGUGCACCUCGUCGGACAGUGGGGGGUGAUCGCGGAGGAGGACAAGGACCGGAUCGGCGGUGACAUCCGAGCGGUGCUGGACCGCAAGGCCGAAGAGUUGGCGCUCGCCAAGGAGGCCAUCGAGAUGCGCAUCCUGGGCCACUACCCUCAGUUCAUGAUGCGGACGGCGGCCGAGAAGCCCGGUCGCCCCUCCUACAGCGGCGACAUUUACAUGUGGAUGAGCGUCUGUUUCUUCAGGCAGUGGUUCGCCCAGAACGUCAGCGACGACCGCACCCGCCGGGCCCCCGACGGCGGUCUCAACUUCUACAGCGCCCUCCACGAGGGGGGCGGCGCCUACCUGACCCACCUCGACUUCAAGACCUUCCACCAGUACUUCCCGAUGAGCAUCAAGGCUUGCCACGUCCUGGAGGCCAACAUGGGCGUGCUCAAGGAGGACGUCAAACAGUUUGUCAGCGAACUGAUGGAGGAACGUACUCACCUGAAACGUUCGGACCACGAAAUCACCUGGUUGACUUGUGCCCGGGUGGAAAAGGAAGACAUGCCUUGGUUUCCCGCUGCCACUUCGGGUUCAGGGUCGGCUUCCGGGGCGGCAGGCCACAACAACAAGAGAAGACGUCAAGACGAAGAGUUGAGACAAUUGUAUGAUGUCUUGGGCCAUGAGAAUGACAUGCUAGCAGCUACCACCGGUGGUCAUGGUCAUGGUCAAACACAUACACCGUCAAGAAAGUCACAAAAGACCCAAAGUCCGAGAAAUCAUCAACGAGGAAAGAAACGUGCAAGAAGAGUCUUGGUUGAUGAUGUUGACGAUGACGAUGAUGAGGGCUAUGGCGACGACGACGACAUCCAGGGCAUGAUGAAUGAUGACGGCGGCGCUCAUCAAGGGUUCGACUUUGACGGUGUCGCUUUGGGCGUCGCCGGGGCGGCUGGCGGUCUUGGUACUGUCGGCGGUGUCGUCGGCGGUAUCGGCGGUCUGAUUAGCGAUGAUGUCUUUGACGACGGAGACGAGAGUGGAAUGUUUGUGCCAGAGGACAAUAUGGAUUUCAUUGACGAGGACAACUAUUGAGUACCGAAGACUCAGUACCCAAGGCAACGACACGACACGACACGACACGAUGCUCGAGGGUUAACAUUUUUGAUAAUUACUCUACCAGCAACGCCCGGUUGAACUUGCUUUCCAUGGCGAGACACUUACUACGACCACGAGAACGAAAAUGGGUGCUUGGGAAUGUCUAUCCUUCCUGGUGACCGGCCAAAGACUGGGACGGGCUGAAUAUGACCGGGGAGAAUUGCCUUCCAUUUUUUUGACGACUCUAUGCGUUCUUGUUGCUGCGCGGGAUAGAAAGGCUGAAUGAUCUGGAUACCGGAUACUGGAUUGGAUUGACUUGGACUCCCGGUUUAUGCUUGUUCUUGGCCUCUUUCUGCUCAAGAAGAGAGGAGAGAGAAUUAUGAGUCUUUUUCAGGACUGAACAAUCCCACGGGAGUCGCACCGAGUAUUAUGUGCUAAUUAUGUGGCAUCGUGCGUGCGACAUGAAUAGUGCAGAUCAAACAGUCAAUAUCAUUCGAAUGCUUUCCAUGUUUCGUUGA